AUGCUCAUACAUGGCCUGCAACGAGGAACCAAUAUUAAGCAAAGCGCGGUGCUCACCCAACUCGACACGCCCAUCGGACGACUUCAUUCUCGCGACAUGCUCUCCUUUGUGCACGCGCUCAUCCUGGCUCUCCUUUGCUCAAUCGUAUUCGUCGAGGCGAUGCCAAGUGUCCGCUUUCGUCCAGCUAAAAAGGCCAUGAGAAACUCAUUAGUUCGAUUCGGCAAGAGAGCCGGACCAAUGACAUCGGAAGACGUCUUCCUAGGAGAGUCAUAUGGACCAGUUCCGGAAUCGUUCGAGUACGUCCCAGAGAACAGCCGUUCGCCAUCCGUCCUUUUCUACUAA